GCUCGCGCCGCAGCGUCUCCGCCGCCGAUUCUCCCCGCCGGGCGUGUGAUGCCAAACGCAGCCAUGAAGAAGAAGGUUCUCCUGAUGGGCAAGAGCGGCUCGGGCAAGACCAGCAUGAGGUCCAUCAUCUUUGCCAACUACAUCGCCCGCGACACCCGCCGGCUGGGCGCCACCAUCGACGUGGAGCACUCGCACGUCCGCUUCCUGGGCAACCUGGUCCUCAACCUGUGGGACUGCGGCGGCCAGGACACCUUCAUGGAGAACUACUUCACCAGCCAGAGGGACAACAUCUUCCGAAACGUCGAGGUCCUGAUCUACGUCUUCGACGUCGAGAGCCGGGAGCUCGAGAAGGACAUGCAUUACUACCAGUCGUGCCUGGAGGCCAUCUUGCAGAACUCGCCCGACGCCAAAGUCUUCUGCCUGGUCCACAAGAUGGACUUGGUCCAGGAGGACCAGCGAGAGAUGAUUUUCAAGGAGAGGGAGGAGGAUCUGAAGCGGCUCUCGCGCCCGCUGGAGUGCGCCUGCUUCAGGACCUCCAUCUGGGAUGAAACUCUCUACAAGGCCUGGUCCAGCAUAGUCUACCAGCUGAUCCCCAACGUCCAGCAGCUGGAGACCAACCUGAGGAAUUUCGCCCAGAUCAUCGAAGCCGACGAGGUCCUCCUUUUCGAGCGGGCGACUUUCCUGGUGAUUUCCCACUACCAGUGCAAAGAGCAGCGCGAUAUCCACCGAUUCGAGAAAAUCAGCAAUAUCAUCAAACAGUUCAAACUGAGCUGCAGCAAACUGGCCGCCUCCUUCCAGAGCAUGGAAGUGCGCAAUUCGAAUUUCGCCGCCUUCAUCGACAUCUUCACCUCCAACACCUACGUGAUGGUCGUCAUGUCCGACCCUUCCAUACCUUCCGCCGCCACCCUGAUCAACAUCCGCAACGCUCGCAAGCACUUUGAGAAGCUGGAGAGGGUGGACGGGCCAAAGCACAGCCUCCUCAUGCGCUGAGCGGUGUUGUGUCGACUGCUCCCGCCCAGGGAGGCUCAGCCGACGUGGAAAAGGGGCGCAACCUCCGGGUCUGUAACUCUGGAAAUGGCAGUUAAAUUUGGAACAUUGUGAGAUAAUAAAUGCACGUCCUGUAUACGUCUAAUAAAUGCAAAAAAAAAAAAAAAGUUUCGCAAGCUUUCUGACCUCAUAGGGUUCUUCGUCAGGGAAAUAUGCCGUUAAGACUUGGUUUUUUAUCUUGUUGCUUCUGAAGCAAAGCUGGUCUGGUUUAGAUUUGUUGCGUGUUGGAGAUAGCAGUGUUUAUUUGGUUCAAAAAAGGAAUAUCAAUCUGGGGGAGGGAAGACUCACACCUUUAGGACACGGUAUAACAAGCAGUUUUUUCACCCUCCAUAGAUUCAUGGAGAGACCCUUUCAUUUUACUGCAGCAGAAUGUGCACACCCACCCAACAGAUGACUCCCCCCCCAAAAAAGACUGAAGGGAAUGCAACCCACAACCCCCACAAAAAUGUUUAUUUUUAUAAUUUUUAUCGAAAGAAAUUUUAAAUCCAUAACAAUUCUAAACACUACAAUCAAAUACAUCCCCCCAUUUAUCCCUUCUCCUCCCCUCCACAUCUUCCCCCAGCUCCCGUAGCUGUUUUGUUAUAUAUGUUAGUUCUGCAUGUACUACAUCUGUAAGUCUUAAUUGUCAUAUUGUUCAAAUUCAUAUUAUGCCAAUAAAAUUUGUAUGUUUAUUCAAAUCC